CCGCUCGGACCUGCAAUGAUAAGCGCGGAGAGCGUUGAGGAGAGCGGAGAGGAGCCGUGCAUCCGUCUGGAUCCCCUGAAGAUCACGCAGCUGCCGAGCGGUGACAGCCGCGCCGCGUUCACGGAGAGCGGCUCCAAAGUGACCGCCAACGGGGUGCACGACAUCGAGGACCGGAUUCUGAGGAUUACCGGUUACUACGGCUACAACCCGGGAUACUCCAGUCAUAGAAGAGAGGAUGGUUCAGAGUCCCACGGCGACACAGCAGGCAGCGAGACCAGCGGAGAGAACCGUUUCUACCAGACCUGCGCCAACGCAGUCCUGAAGGUCCUGGGUGGUCUGCUGGUGGUGCUGUGCGUGUCCUCCUCCUGGAUGGGCACCACGCAGCUGGUGAAGCUGACCUUCCAGUCUUUCUCCUGUCCCUUCUUCAUCUCCUGGUUCAGCAGCAACUGGAACAUCCUCUUCUUCCCCAUCUACUACUCGGUGCAUGUGAUGACGACACAGGAGAAGCAGACGCCCAUACAGAAGUUCAGGGAGUGCAGCAAGUUGUUUGGGGAGGAUGGGAUGACGCUUAAGCUUUUCGUAAAAAGGACGGCGCCCUUUUCCAUCCUGUGGACGCUGACCAACUACCUGUACCUGCUGGCCUUGAAGAAACUGACCGCCACGGACGUCUCCGCCCUCUACUGCUGCCACAAGGCCUUUGUCUUUCUCCUGUCUUGGAUCGUCCUCAAGGAUCGGUUCAUGGGUGUUCGGAUCGUGGCGGCCAUAAUGGCCAUCACGGGGAUUGUCAUGAUGGCCUAUGCUGACGGUUUCCAUGGUGAUUCCUUUGUGGGCGUGGCACUGGCUGUGGGCUCAGCCUCGACAUCAGCUCUUUAUAAGGUGCUGUUCAAGAUGUUUCUUGGCAGCGCCAACCUCGGAGAGGUGGCCCACUUCCUCUCCACCAUGGGCUUCUUCAACCUCAUCCUCAUCUCUUUCGUGUCCCUCAUCCUCUACUUCACCAAGGUGGAGCACUGGGGCUCGCUGUCCUCACUGCCCUGGGGAUACCUGUGUGGACUGGCAGGACUGUGGCUGGUGUUUAACAUCUUGGUGCAUGUCGGUGUGGUGCUGACCUACCCCAUCCUAAUCUCCAUCGGGACCCUGCUUAGUGUGCCGGGCAAUGCAGCCGUCGACGUUUUGAAACACGAGGUGAUCUUCAGCGUGGUGCGCCUGGCGGCCACCUGCAUCAUCUGCCUGGGCUUCUUGCUGCUGUUGCUGCCGGAGGAGUGGGACUCGGUCACUCUGCGUUUCCUGGCCACGAUUGCAGACAAGAAGACGGAGGAGCACGGCGAGGAGCUCACGGAGUCCAGCGUCCACACUCGCAGCCGCAGUCGAGCAAACGGUACCGUCUCGAUUCCCUUAGCAUGACGCGGGCAUGACGACAUGAGCUUGGAACCGCCUGCACCCAGUCACAAAGACUUGCCCACUUAAGGGCACGUGGCAGGGACGUCCAGUCCACAUGGACCCACCAUCGGGAAGACAGGAAGUAUUGUUUUGAACUUGAAACUUCUCUGUGGAGGUACAUUGUCUCCAUCAGUACACCGCAGGAGGGGGGAACAUGUAUGGAAAGGGUAGAAAGUGGAUUAAACUUUCUUGAAAUCCCAACGCUCAGUCCUGUCCCUUGCACGCAACCCUGACCUGCACUGUGGACUGUAUUCUGUGAAUAUAAUUAUUGGCAGGGCCACUUUGGCUCAAUCCUAUCUGUAUUUAUGAUAUUUAUGUAGAGAGGUGUCCAUAAGAAUAUGAGUUUCAAGUCCUAUAGAAUGGCAUUAUAUUACAAACUGGCAAUUAUACUAUGCGCAAUGUACAGGAUCUUUUGGUUUUACAAUAAAAUACUUAAAACAUUCA